CUAUAAUCCAAUACAAUGUCGACUACUGUUAUAGGCUCGUGGGCUGAUGCAGGCGACGAGUUUUCUGCUCCCGACAUCACCACCAACCCCGACGGAACGAAGACGGUUAUCACAUACAGAACUAACCAAGAUGGUAAAAAGGUAAAAAUAACCCAAAAGAUCAAGGAAGUCAAGGUGCAAGAAAGAGUGCAUCCUUUGAUUGCCCAGCGUAAAAACUGGAAGAAAUACGGUAAGGAAAGCAAGUCUCCACCAGGACCAGACACUUCUACGACUCAGCUUGGUGAAAAGGUAGAGUUGAAGUUGGGUACAUCCUGGAAACAGCAAGAGAAGGAAGAAGAAGAAGAAAAGGCCGAAAACAGAGCACAGAAACUUUCUGUACAAACUAUUCGUUGUAGAACAUGUGGUGGAGACCAUUACACGUCCAAGUGUCCAUUCAAGGACACUUUGGGAGCUACCACGUCUUCUCCAGCCGCUGAAAGCGGAGCAGGAGAUAACGGACCAGGUAAGUAUGUCCCAAGACAUUUGAGAGCUGAUGCUAAUGGAAACUUGCCACUGAAGGAAGGAAGAGACGACUCUACAACCUUGAAGGUGUCGCAAUUGAACUCGUUCGUCGACGAGGACAUGUUGAGAAACGAGUUGUUUGCCAGAUUCGGCCCAUUACAGAGAGUCACUUUGGUAAGAAACAGAGAGACUGGAGACUCGAGAGGUUUUGCAUACGUUUCGUUCAUUACUGAGGAUAUGGCGCAAAGAGCGUUGGAUGCCUUGAACGGAAAGGGUUACCAUUCCUUGAUCUUGCACUUGGAAUGGUCCAAGAAGAAGAAGACAGUAUAGGCAUAUCAUUGUGUAUUUUAGGCUUAAUGAAGGAAAAUCGAG